AUACAUAGAAAAUGAUAUUGUGGGAAGUAAACAGAGCAUGAGUGGUAAGAACAGAGCCGUAGCACACAACAAUGGUGCUGGGAACAGCAGCAUGGAGAAACGUGCGUAUUCUCCGAACUAGUUUUAGUUUGAGUUUGAGUUUCUCCACCACUCAUUACAGGAAACAAAUUUCACUCGCCAAUCUCUUCAAAAUGUACGGUUUUCCCACUUCCCACAUUCUCACCUUUCUCUCUCAAAAUCCCUUUCUCUUCAAUUACGAUCUUGCCCACUUACACAAAUCACUCGCCACUCUCUUUUCCUUCAGAAUUCCCCAGAAGAAUCUUGUUUCCCUCAUACGCGACUGCCCCGGAGUGUUGGAAUACCAAUUCCUCAGGAAUUGGGAAUUGGGUUUCUCGGAAUUGAAAUCACGGGUUCCGAGCCAUUCCCCUUUGAUGCUCGUGAACUUGUUGCAAUGUUCUAGGAGGUUUCAGUUAGACCCAGUGGAGAUUUCCAGGAAAGUUGAGAUCUUGAAGGGUUUAGGGUUUUCUGGUGCCGUCAUGGCUAGGGUUUUGGAGGGUUUCCCCAGUGUGGUUGUGAUGAGUGAGAGGGAAAUUGUUUGUGUGAUUGAGUUUCUUGUAGAGUUUGGGGUCCCCAGUGAUGAGGUUGAUCGAGUUGUUGGGAUGUAUCCUAGGGUUUUGGGAUUUGGGGUUGAAGACAGGUUGAAGCCCUUGAUUCAGGAAUUGAAGGGUUUGGGGUUUUCAGGGCGUGAGGUUAGAAAAGAGAUUGUCAGGGAACCUAGGAUUCUGGGAAUGGAGAUUGGGGAAUUUUCGCGGUGUUUGAAGUUGCUGGAGAGUUUAAAAUGCAGAGAAGCAAUCAAAGAGAGGAUUUUUGGAGAGGGUUUAUUCAGGGCUUGUUUUGAAGUGAAACUGAGAGUGGAUUGUUUGUGUGGUCAUGGUUUGAUUCGUAGAGAUGCUUUUAAGGUGUUGUGGAAAGAACCAAGGUUGAUUGCUUAUGAUGUGGAGGAUAUUGAGAAGAAGAUUGAGUUUUUGGUGCACAGGAUGAAAUAUGGUGUUGAUUGUUUGCUUGAUGUUCCUGAAUACUUGGGUGUGAAUUUUGAAAAACAGAUUGUUCCUAGAUACAAUGUGAUGGAGUAUUUGAAAGCAAAAGGUGCAAUUGGUCUUGAGGUUGGAUUGAAGGACAUGAUCAAGCCCACUAGGCUUAGAUUUUACAAUCUUUACGUCAAGCCCUAUCCAGAGUGUGAAAAAAUAUAUGGAAGAUUUUCAGGAAAUGUUGAAGUUAAAAUUAAGCAUCCAGCUGGACUUUGGAAACUCUUUAAACCACAGAAGUUCCCUGAAACUGAUGAAGAUGUGAAGAACAUGAAGUCCUUCAUGGAAUCAUUGGUGUAGUAGAGGGUACUCUGAUCUAUGUAUGUUGUUGGUUGGAUGCAUAGUCGAUGAGCUGUCCUGCUUUGUAUUAAUAUUUGAUAAUUUAACAACUAUGAUUCUUUGAUUUGUUUAUGAAAUCAACCAGUGUAGGAA